GACAAUGGCGCGAGAUGGGAUGGUGCGGAAAUAUGACGAGAUCAUUCUGCGCUAUGCCAAUGUUCAACCUUUCAUCCCUCGCGUCGAUGACAUCGUGCCAAAGAACAUCUGGGAACGACAAAUGCAACGAGCCAGAGAGCUGUUACGUUCCAUCCAAGUCUGUGACGAAGAAGGCCGUCGGCAAGAUCUUCACCGCAUCGUUCGUCGACUUUGCCCAUUCGAGUCAGUGGGGUUGACUCAAGAGAUCGAGAUGGCGAUGGACGCCGACUAUCCGGAUGGAGCACAUCUCCAAGCCUCAUCGCCCGAAGUGCAACCGCCCGAAAUCGAUGCGCCUCCUGCGAAGUUCCGUGCGUUUUCCGAUGUGCAGCGCUCUGCCCAUCUCGCUCCUCCUCCUCCUGAUGUUCGACCUGAACAAGCCAAAUCACUCUUGGAUGUAUGGAAGAACUAUCGCACAUGGGGUAGCAACAAUUAUCCAAAUCUUCCUGUCCAUGUUCGCACAAUGAUGGAGCUCAUGAACUGCAUCGCAUCCAUGAAUGUUUCCAACUACCAAAUGUCGACGAAGCAGAAGCUUCUUCUCAUUAUGCUUGUUGAUGGUGAACACUGGCGUGCACAUGAUCGUCAAAUGUUCUACUAUGAGAAUGGUGUGUGGAAGAUGAAGCCGUCUCUCACCAUCGAAGUCUGGGAUCUAUUUCUUGCUGUUGAAGGUUUGUUGUUGACCGUCUCGAAGCACUUCGAAGAUCAAGAAGGAGAUGCAAGACCAGCAUGGAAUUGGAAUGCUAUUCGGGAUGUUGUCUCUGAUACGAUCCAAGGACAUGUCCAUGACGCUCUCCAUUUCUUCGGGAAUGUGGCCAAAGAAGCAAGUGACCAUCUGCGGCAAGUCACAUCCAACAAGGCAUGGAAAGCACUUUGGCUUCGUCGAUGUGCAGACAUGCUAGCUUCAUUCCGAGUGAAUUGGGAUUCGAACAAGGUCCAGUCACUCUCAAAGCUUUUUCUUCUUGAAUGGGAUACUCCAUUGCCAAAGUCACAGGGUGUUUGCUUCAGAGACGUGUACUUGGAUGCAGAUUGGAAACCUGCAAGCAAAAGCCCGUCCAAUGACUGCUACAUGCAUGUGGACUAUGCCUUCUACAUAGAAAACCUCUUGCAGGAGUAUCCGAACAUCAAUCUCCAACAGCAUCAAGAAGGAUUACGUUUGUUCUUGGAGUCGCUCUACUUUCAGAACGAACAUAUCUUUCAAGUGAAACUUUGUUUUUUACAUGCCGCAUUCAAAAAGGCUUGCACUUCAAAGAUGAUCUUCGAGAUUGGCAAAGGCGGCGAUGGCAAGGGGAUGGAAGCUUAUCUUGAUCGUGCUGUAUUAGGUGAAGAUCAAUCUGCAACUUUGGAUUGUGGCGUGUUCUUGGAUCGACAGGAGUUCCGCAAGUCUGCCGAGUUCGCAUGGAACAAGGCGAAUGUGCGUAUCCAGGAAAUGGAUCAGCACGCAAGAUUCGUUGCAGAUCUUUGGAAAAGAUUCAUCGUCGAUGAAGAAAUAGAUUGUCGUGUCAAUUAUGGAUUUACAUCCAAACGACGAUUUGGGUCAUCUAUGAAAGUUCAGGAACUCAACUUUGAGAACAUCCCGACCAUCGAGGAGUGUCGAGAUCGACUCCAGGCUUGUGAGCAUCUCAAGCGUCGCAUCGUUUGCUUUCGUAUGGGGAAGGCUCGCUUCGUGCUUGACGACCAUGCAGUGAACUAUGAACACGGGGUUUUCCGUCUCAUUCCGCAAGAUGAGCUGGUCCCUUUCUUGACACAUCCUGCAACGGCUUCAUGUUUCUUUCGAGAUUGGUGCUUGCCCUUCUUUCAGGAAAACUCUUUGGAUGAAUGUUUGAAAAUGAUCCUGGAUCUUAGCCAUGUACAUGAGGACUUGGUCAACGACACCAAUUGGUUGGCUUCUCGCUUGUCCGGCUGGAAUGGCCCUCCUCCAGGCACAGACAUUGACCUCCAGACAGAGAACGACGAAUUGAUCACGAUCGUGCAUCGGAAAACGCCCAUGAAGACAUUCAUCAAGGAGUAUCUCAUUUCAAAGGUUGAAGAUAUUCCAGGAGCUGUGCAGUCUACCCGUGGUCGACGAACCAAGUUGCAGUUCUUUCUUUCUGCCUUGGACCACUCCACCAUCAAACUCUUUCGUCAACAUGAAACAGUGGACUUGGAGGCUUUGCAAGCCUACUUGGAAAGUGGCUCAGACAGAAGGACUUCGCAGCUUCGGGCCUAUGUUGAUCGUCAUGCUUCUGAAGGAGUUCGCGUGGGGCGCUUUUCUACUGUCUCUGUCGGGUACUACAAGGCCCCCAAUUAUGGUCGUUUACUUGCUCGUGGCCCUGCUGCACAAAAACUCACUCGAGAAGCUCGUGGAAAAGCCUUCCCCCAUGCCAUUGAGAUUGAUGCAGCUUGUUGCCAUCCUCGUCUUCUCUUGCGAAAACUUCGAGAUAUGGGAUUGGACGAGGCAGGUAGUUUCCAGAUGCUUCGUCUCUUCUGUGAGAACUACAAGUCAUGGCGGUCAGUUUUGGCUCAGUAUCUUUGCGUUGAUGUCCAGGAGGCAAAAAAGGAACUUAUCCGCAUCUUCUACGGUGGCAACCCGCGUUUCGAUAUUCCAUGGCUCCGCAAGCUUGGGGAAGAAGUUCAGGCAGCUGCUCAUCUGAUUCUACAAGAUCACAGACAUACUCAUCUUUCUGAUUUGUACAAUGAUCGCAGACAUCCUGAAUUCAGUCGGCCUUGUUCUUUGCUAUCAUUCGAUGAAGCUGACCUAUUGGACACCAUUCGGACCCAUGCGCAUGUGAAAAUGGAGGUUGCUCUCUUUGACGGAGGCAUUGUGUCGUGCACAUCUGUGCAAGAUCUCUUUUGGUUGCAUCGUGCUUGCGCAGAAACUUCCCACAACAUCAUCCCCGUCGAGAUCAAAAGUGAGCCGCAAAGUAUGAAGACUUUCUUGCAUAUGUUGGUGCGCAAGAACAUCGUGAACAUGAUGGAAGUCGAAAUUCCUUCCACUCCGGCAAACUGUUUGCUCUUUGCUGUUCAAGGUGUUGCACCUCAUGUUGAUCUCAGUAGUUUGCGCCAAGUUUUGCAAGACAAGCCAGAGUCCUCGCUUUCCGCUCAUCAAUUCAAUGGAGCUUUGGCAGAUGCAGACUCUGCAGCCGACACUGCUUGGCAAUUGCAUUGCAUCUCCAAGGAUGAGUUGCUCUCCGUUGUCCCAGCGCACCCGAUCCUUUGUCAUGAACGUUCUGGAGAAUGUCAAGGACACUGGUGGUCCUUUGUGAUGAUUGAGGAUGAGGCAAGGCUAUUUGAUUCUGAGAUUCCUUCUUUCGAAGUGACUGCUCGAUGGGAAACCUUUGCAUCUGCUUUGGAAAAAUCUGAUGCAUUGACUUUCUUCGAACUGAAACAGAUGCACUUGAAGACGGAAAUGUCGAUGUCAGAGGCAUAUCACUUGCAAGGUCGUGGCCGUGCGGAUGGAUCCUCCACAGUGAAGUCCGUGCGAACACCCCUCAAGAAUUGUGCUCUGUGUGGAUCUUGUCUAUAUCCCAAGCGCAAACAGUUCUCUACGGCAACAGUUUAUAGACUCGAAGGUCCCGAGACUGUCCUGCACCAGCCUAUGCGAUGUGGACAGAAGUCAUGCCAAGCCUCCCACUACUACAACUUCGUGUGGAGCAACGGCAUCAAGACCAAUUCGCUCGAUCCCAACCAGGCCGAGUAUAUCUUCGUGACCGCCAACACCGGGUUCCACGUCUCCUUCCUUGCUUAUCACGAUGCCCUGCAAUUCAGAGGCUACUUGAGCAAUCACGCCAUCUCUGUCAAAGAGAUCGCUGUCGAUGGCCACGAGAAGAUCGCCACAAAGUGCUAUCAUGAAGCACCAGCUCGCGGUGGUCGUCCUCGGAAGGAUGGCCAUGUCAAAUUGUUCUACAACGGCUGGUUCAUGGCGACACACCCUGGGACCGGAGUCAUCCUAGGCCUUUUUGAGAUGAAAGAUCCAGAGAAUUCGGAUGUU